CAAGGGCGCGAGUUCGUCAGGCCUGAAACAGUUCGUCUCUCUGACUUUGGGCUUGAUGUUGCCAGCUACCACCCCGGUCGGGAAAUCAAUAGCGAAGGCCGCCCCAUCGUCGCCAAUUCGAUGCCGGCACACUGCAACUUCAAUCGGGAAGCUAUCCAAAUCAACCGCAACAUGAAGAGAGCGGUGUCCAGUCUCCGCGCGUGGUGUCAACGGGAGUGUCCGCGUGUUAUCGAGCUUCAUCAUGGGUCAUCAGGGACCUGCCGCAGUCGGCCGCCACCGGCAUGCACGUUGGCCUGGCAUCCCGGCCUGCUACCGUCGGCUGAAAGUGGCCUAUUUUGGGGGCCAGGGUGGACUUGGCGACCAGCCCAGCGCAGAUCAAGCCUGAACACGCCAACCCCAUCCCAUCUGCGACUACUCGGGCUUCACUGCCCUCGCCGCAUUACCAAAUCGCCUACACGUGACGCCGAGCCUGUCGUGGUCUCUGUUUGGCCAGGAUUUCGUUGGCAUCCAGUUGUCAGGUGGCUGGCGGUUCGUGUAGGGUACCUCGAGGGAGGGGAGGUGGGCAUUUGUGGUGUGUUUGCCUGGCUUGCAUCCGGAUGGCUGAUCCGCUCAGUUACUCCUUCCGGUGAGCGGCAGAGCUGCUGAAACUUUGUGUCACUCUGGUGUGUCGCUUUUGGUUUCCCAACGCCACCUCGCGAUUUUGUAAUUGUAUAUAGGCCAAGUUCUCACGCGUCUUAUGGAUGGGCGGCAUCACCACGACUGCGUCUGGACGUGGCCCAGUGUUAGUGUUAGUGCCUCAAUACGGAGCAUGGUCACUUCGAGACUUGGGUCUUCAAGUUUGGGCGGGAAGUCUCUCCGCACCGUCCUCUGGCCUUUGCAACCACAGCAUAGCACAUUGACCCCCAACAGACCAAGAAUGUA